AUGUUGGCUCAGAGCAUGGACAAUCAGAACAACCAGCGGUUUCAAGCUCCUGUGAAUGCUAAUGUUGGGUCAGCCGCAUCUAGGGUGAGAGACUUUGUUAGAAUGAACCCUCCAGAAUUCUUAGGGUCGCAAGUUGGAGAAGAUCCCAAAAACUUCAGUGACGAGGUCAAGAAGAUCUUUAAAGUAAUGCAGGUAACUGGAAAUGAUUGGGUUGAACUAGCUUCUUACCAACUUAAGGAUGUGGCUUGUAUCUGGUAUACUCAGUUGAAGGAUAGUAGGGGUACAAAUGCAACUCCUAUUACUUGGGAUUGCUUUAGUGAGACUUUUCUGGACAGGUACUUCCCUAUUGAGUUGAGAGAGGCAAGGGCCCAAGAGUUUAUGAAUUUGAGGCAGGGUAACAUGACUGUUCAGGAGUAUGGGAUCAAAUUCAACCAACUCUCCAGGUAUGCUCCUCACAUGGUUGCUGAUUCUAGGGCACAGAUGAACAAGUUCUUAUAUGGAGUGUCAGACUUGGUUAAGACAGAGUGA